AUGGUGGAUCCAAUGAAGAUUGAGCUUAUUCAUUAUUUAGCUAGGCCUACCUCUGUGACUAAGGUUUUGAGUGGUGAUGCUAGCCUGGUUACCUUAGAUUUAGAUGGGGUUUUGAGGUUUGGUGGUCGACUUUGUGUUCCAAGAGUUGGGGAUUUGAUUCACACGAUCCGUAGCGAGGCCCAUGAUUCCAGAUAUCCCAUCCAUUCGGGCACAAUUAAGAUAUAUCGUGGCUUGAGACAAUACUACUGGUGGAGUGGCAUGAGGAGAGAUAUUGCAGAUUAUAUGUUGCAUUGUUUGAGUUUUCAGCAAGUUAAGGCUGAGCAUCUGAGGCCUGGUGUCAAGCUUCAGAUAUUACCCAUUCUUGAGUGA